GAAAUUCGCCAUCAUCGUCGCAGCUCCUCGAGGAAGAAGAAAAUGGGAGUGUUCACGUUUGUGUGCAGAAACAGCGGUGGAAAGUGGACGGCGAAGCAGCACGAGGGAGACCUCGAGGCUUCAGCUGCUUCCACCUACGAGCUCCAGCGUCAGCUCGUCCAAACCGCUCUCUCCGCUGACUCCUCCGGUGGUGUUCAGACGUCCUUCUCCCUCAUCACCCCUACUUCCGCCGUCUGCCAGGUGGUUGUUGGUGGUGCCGUCGGUGGAGGAUUCGUAGCAGGAGGAGCUGCUCCGGCUGGAGGUGCUGGUGGUGCAUCCGAGACGGCGGCAGCCCCCAAGGAGGAAAAGAAGGAGGAAGUGGAGGAAGAGGAAGAAGGAGACUUUGGUUUCUCUCUCUUUGAUUAGACUCGCCCCCCUUAAGGUUAGUUUUGAGCUGUGUUUCGGUCACCUCAUCAUUUGUGUGGUUUGGUACUCUGUUUUUUUAAGGUUUAAUGGGGAGAUGAUUAUUACGUUGUCAUAUGUUUUAAGAGAAGAUUGCGAUGCUAUUUACCCUUUUUGAGAUAUUCUUCUUUCA